UGACAUUUGUUUAUAAAGAAGAAAUGAGCAAAUAUUAAAUUAGAUGCAUGAACUGAAGUGCACAUGGUGGUUGAUUUUAGGAGAAGGAUGGUCUAAAGUAGUUGCAUGAAUUACUCACUAAGCGAUCGGAGUUAGUGUUUUUGCCCAUGAUGCAAAAGGUAGAGUUAAUAUAGUAGGAGUAUGUUGUCCAUUUUACUACUACUAGUAUUAAAGGCUAUCCAACUCCCCCACCACCAAUACCUAUCAAGUAUUCAUCUCAUUAUUGUUAAAUAAAUACUCCCCCAAUUUCUCUAGUACAAACAUAGAAUCACCUUUUGCAUUGAAACUCAACUAACUCAUUCUACACGAGUGCCACUUUGCAACAAACAAUAUGUCGAUGGUUGAGACAAAAACUCGAACAGUUGGUGGCACAGAGUAUAGCUGGUGCAAAGCCAUUCGCGGUGGUACCGGCAUUGCAGUUCUAUCACUACUCCUCACUGAACCCCUCGAUAUUCCCCGUUUCCAAGUCGCACUCAACAAACUACAAAAUUACCAUCCUAUCCUCAGAUCAAGAAUCCACCACUCCAACACGUCAUCAUUAACACAAGACACAACUUUCACAUUUAUAACCUCUCCCACUCCCUUCAUCAAAAUCGAAUCCCACAGCGUCAACGUCAGUUCCGAGAUUCUCGGAAGAAACCCAAACGACGCCGUUUCUGUAUCUCCCUUACAACAAAUAUUGGAACACGAACUCAACCGUAACACGUGGCAGGAUCGUAGCCGUACAACUGGCUCUGAUAUGUUGGUUGCGAGUAUUUACGCGAUGCCGCCUGAUGCGAAAACAUCGGUGGUGGUUAUGCGGCUCCACGUGGCAGCGUGUGAUAGGACAACGGCGGUGUCGCUUUUAAGGGAGUUGCUUGUGUUGAUGAAGGAGGAAGAAGAGAAUGUAGUUGUGAGAGAGAAUGAUAAUAAAGGGGAAGUUUGUUUGGCGAUUGAGGAUCUUGUUCCUUGUCGUAAAGGGAAGAAAAAUAUAUGGACACGUGGUUUGGAUGUGAUUAGUUACUCUCUUAACUCUUUUAGGCUUACUAAUUUGAAAUUUAAUGAUACUAAAAAUGCUAGGUUUUCGCAAGUGAUUAGAUUGCAACUCAACGACGUUGACACCAAGAGGGUUUUAGCGGGUUGUAAGCAUAGUGAGAUAAAAUUGUGUGGGGCAAUAACUGCAGCGGGGUUAAUGGCUGCACAUAGCUCCAAGAACAGUUCUAAGAAGUACGGCAUCAUUACCCUAACUGAUUGUCGGUCCACUCUCUACCCACCUCUCUCAAUUCACAAUUUUGGGUUUUACCACGCUGCAAUCCUCAACAACCACGUGAUCAAAGGUGGAGAAAGUCUUUGGGAACUAGCCAAGAGGACUUAUGGAGCAUUUGCCAACUCUAAGAACAAUGACAAACAUUUUUCAGACAUGGCUGACAUGAACUUUCUUAUGAACAAGGCCAUAGACAACCCUAGUUUGACAACAUCGUUAAGAACAUCAAUAAUGUCGGUGUUCGAGGACAUGGUGGUCGAUGAUGGUGGCGAUAAGCAACGAGAGGUUGGGGUAGAUGACUAUAUGGGGUGUGCUUCGGUUCAUGGUUUGGGCCCAUCUAUAGCUAUUUUUGAUACAAUAAGAGAUGGAAGACUAGAUUGUGUGUGUGUGUAUCCAUCGCCUUUGCACUCUAGGGAACAAAUGCAAGAACUUGUUAACAACAUGAAGGCCAUUCUCAUUGAAGGGGGAAAAACAUAUGAGUAAUAUUAAGAUCUCAUUUUUUUAAUACAUUAAAUUUAAAUGAAUUAUUGGAACUUAUAUCAUUCAGUGAACCCAAUUUAAAUUUCAAUCAAUUGAAGUGAUUUUUACUCCAA